CUGGAAUGCCAUACGUUUCCGUCGACGCUCCAAAAGAGCGUCGAAUGUGGCGUCGCUUGCUCCCUGUGCUCUGUGCUUAAGUGUUAUAAUGGACGUGUCUUCCCUUCUUAGUCUACGCGUAGUUUUAGUGUAAAGGUGAUUUGUGACUUUUGUAGUUUUCGCUUUGAAGAACAGAGCAUAGCUUCAAGAUGACAGCCGGCUGGAAUGACUUGGACGAUCCACCACUCAAGACAGGAGCAAGCGAACAGGCAGACGACAUCAGCAUUGAAAGUUUGCCUGAAUAUCAACGACCUCCACCAAGGAAAAUUGACCAAUACAUCAAUGCAUCAAUUCCUCAUCUAUCCAGAAGAGCCACAGUGUCUCUGUUAUGUUGUUUAGGGUUUAUCAUUAUGUUUGGCAUGAGGGAGACCAUGGGAAUGGUAAACUCGGAAAUCGAGGACAAAGACAGAAACAGCACCAACAGAACCACAAUGUCCCGAUCCACGAUCAGUGCCAUCGAAUCGGCCAUAUUUUGGGGCUAUUUUAUCACCCAGAUACCGGGUGGACUGAUUGCGGCAGCCUAUCCAGCCAACAAACUUUUUGGGGCUGCGAUCGGCUCGUCCUGCAUCCUCAAUCUUUUUGUGCCUGUUCUCUAUGACAAUCCAACGGGACUGAUUAUUGUUAAAGUGCUUCAGGGCUUGGUUGAAGGUGUAACAUAUCCGGCGUGUCAUGGUAUUAUGCGAUAUUGGGCGCCACCUUUGGAGCGAUCCAGAUUGGCAACCAUUGCAUUCAGCGGGUGUUAUGCAGGUGUGAUGUUUUCCAUGAUGGUUUGCGGAAUUCUGAUGAAAAACAUCAGCUUGUUUGCACCAUUUUACUUCUACUCAGUCAUAGGCGUUGUAUGGUACAUUUGCUGGUUGUGGUUGGUUUUCGAAAAACCAUCACUUCAUACCUGCAUCGAGCCCAAGGAGCUGAUUAUGAUUGAAAAGUCGUUAGGUAGCAGCCAGCAACACUAUACGAACCCUACGCUUAGCAGUACGCCGUGGAAAGCAUUCUUCACUUCUCUUCCUUGUUACGCCAUCUUUGUGGCAAACUUCUGCCGAUCCUGGAACUUCUACCUCCUGGUGCUGUUCCAGGCCUCAUACUUUAAAGAAGCAUUUGGAACGACCACUGCCGAGAACGCCUCUCUAGGAGCUCUGCCGCACUUCUUAAUGACGCUGGUGGUACCUGCAGGUGGAAUUAUGGCCGAUCGGCUCAGGAAGAAGGGCAUUUUGAAUACAACGCAAGUGCGGAAACUUUUCAACUGUGGCGGGUUUGGCUUGGAAGCUACGUUCUUUAUUGCCAUGGCCUAUUCUCAUACCACUUUGCAAGGGAUGACUGCACUAACAAUAGGUGUUGCAUUCAGCGGAUUUGCUAUAUCCGGAUUCAACGUGAACCAUUUGGAUAUAGCGCCCAGAUAUGCGAGCAUCCUCAUGGGUCUUUCGAAUGGAAUCGGUACCGUGGCCGGCGCAAUUGUGCCCAUAAUCAAAAAUUCGGUGGUCGUAAAUGGGACCAAGGAGCAGUGGCGCAUCCUGAUCAUUCUGUCCGCGUUCAUUCACUAUGCAGGAAUCAUUUUCUAUGGCAUUUUUGCUUCCGGCGAACUUCAACCGUGGGCCGACCCAACAGCCGAAGAGGAGAAACAGUGGAAUCAAAUGAACGAAACAGUUCCAGUUAACAAGUAUACUUCGCAGUCCAACGGACUGUUACAACGCCAACCUAGUGGAGGAGUUACAAAUUACGGCAGUCACAUGGAGACUGCGCUACCUCCAAGACCUUCUGCGGCUCCUCGUCAGAUGCCACCAGACCCUCCAACCAGACCUCCUGCACCUCAAGUGUACCCUCAGGAACAGUAUCAAUCCCAACAAGUGGUACCUUCAGCUAAUCCUUUUAUAAGCGGCGCAAUAUCCCGGAAUCCUUUUAGACAGGAGGCUGUCCAGCCGGAACCUCAAGACGCCUACAUGCAUGGUACUAUUGAUGACCGAACUUAUUAGUAUUAAAAAUGUUGAGAUUCCUUUAGGGUAAAAACGAUGUGGCUAAAAUUCGUUUCGGUUCGCGGAUAUUAUCUCCAAAAGUCUACUUUUAACUUACGGAUAGUAACAGUCUUGAAUCUCAAACGGGGAUAGUUGAUUGUUUGUAUACUGAAGCCCUUAAAUUUGUGUUGAGGCAAAUUCAACUUAACUCGUUUCUAGCUGACUUCCUUAGCCUUUGAAACAGAAGCUUUUAGGAAUAUUUAUUAGUUCAAUAAUGUAAAAAUGCAAUCAAUUGAAGUCAUUUGUUUGCUUGACUUGACGCAGUUUAUGUUUAACAUAACAAAUCUAACAUUUGGCUAAUGAAUAAGAACGUAAGCAUAAAUUAUCAAAUAAAAUUAACGGUUUAGUGCAGCUAAUAGAAUCUGAGGUUUGUCCAUUAAACAGGAAAUAUAAUUACGUAAACGGAAGAAACGACAAUAAUAAUAUAUUAAACUGAUUUGAAACGCGAACAAUAACUGAAAUCGUGAUUCUGCACUUGUUAUUCCUUGCAAUUCAAAAACAUAUAAAUUUUAAUAAGCACCAGAUAAAAGCGCAAAAAAAUUAAGUAACUAUAUAAAAUAAGCAAUGCACAUUGAAAAAAUAUAUGUAAAGAGUCAAUUUCUCUUCGUUGUUGUACAUGUAGGUAGUCUUAAUUUUUAGAUGCAAAGUUGCUCCCAGCUCUAUAAAUUCUCUAAUUUUUGCACGACUUUCGCUGUUCAACGCUAAGAAUCCCCGUAAAAAUCCUGAGUUGUUGUUAGCCAAAGCACCUAGUUUAGAGUUAGGAAUGUAUUUUUGAACUUAGAGUUCUAUAAAAUAAAACUUCUAGUUAACUAAGUAAUUCAAUAUUGUAUCAUAAGUUGCAACUGUUAGACAAGGCACUGUCUAAAGUAUAUUUAUAGAUAACGUUGUCAAUUUGUACAUAGAGGUAGCUACUGAAAUAACCUUUACGAGGCACAUAAUUUCAUGUAUAAAUAAAAUUAAGAUUAGCAGAUAUUGCCAUACAUAAUGGAUCCAUUAUAGGGUUAGAUAUUUGAACAUUUUUCUUUCCAGUUAUUGUUUAAUGUAUUCUUAUUUUAUUAUUUUUAUUUACAUUUUUUGUCAGUCUUAUUAAUUAUUACGUGAUGAAUUAUAAAAAAUUAUAAUAAAAUAUUCCAGAAAGUUCACUGUAAAGUUGGGCACAAAAGAUGAGCAGGUAAACAAGAUGAUGUAGAUUAUUUCGGUAUAAAUCCAAGUUAGACUAAAAAAAUUACGUCAGUUGAAGACAAACAAGCGAAGAGCCUCUGAGGAUGCAAAGCACUCGCACUUGCGAAACGUCUGAAAGUAAGUUUUCCCCAUCGCGGCCUAAAAGCCCAAAAAACUCUCCAGUUUCAUGAUAAACGGUGUUUAGCAUAUCAGCAUGGACCACUUUCAGUAAACUUUCAUAAGCGAAGCGUAGUUUAGCGAAAUAAUUUUAGUAAAUAAUAAAACUUUCUAAGGUGAAAUGCCUUGAGGCUGUGUCGACAAUAAGGGGUAAAACCCCAAUCUAGUUAUAAGCUAUAAUGUAAGCAAACCGUAAUAAUUGUAAUAUGUACUUAAAAUAACUGUUCCAUAUCUACAAAGUGUGGGUGAAUUUUUGUAGUUGGAUGUUUACUGAAAAUUCACCACAGUCUGUAGAGAAAAUUAUGUGUGCAAAUAAUAAAUGUGAUUUUAAUCGAUAGCUAGCUGAUGAUUAAUAAUAAGCAAGUGUUCGUUUGCUUAUUAAAAAUAUUAUUGGAUUAUUUAUAUAUUGCUAUUUUGAAAAACAGACUUAUUGUAAAUGCAUUUUCAAUUAAAACUGCUAUUUGCUACAUAUUAGUAAAAUCUAGGAGAUGGUCUGGAUAUGAUUUAAACAUAAAUAUUACCUUGUGGCAGCAAAUUGUUCCUACGGAGUAAAUUCUCAUUCACAACCUGCUGGCUAGAACUGUUUCGACCCGUAAGUUUAAUGAAAUCCUUUAAAUAAUCUUCAAGCAUGUAAACUGUUUUCAUCAUGUAGCCUAAAAAUAUCCUACUAAUGUUCCUUUCUGUUCUAUUUGUUUUGAAACACGUUUUCAAUUCUUUUAGUUUAAAAUGUAAAAUACGCCUAACUUUCCCCUAUUAGAAGAUUUAUUUUUGAAAUAUUAAUAAGCGUGUUUAAAUCUAGAUGUAGUGUAGCUGAAAUAAUUAUGUAAAAAGCAAAUAAAAUCUUUAAAUCUUGAUAUAAUAUUGAUCAUUGAUGUUUAUGGCAUAUCUCGAUGUAAAAAGGGUUCUGAAGCGUUCGUACUCGCAUAUGAAAGCAGUCCAUCAAUUCGAUAUAAACUAGGGCAAAAUCUACACUUUUACUCUUGAGUCAGGCCCUUAAAUAGUCCCUCUUUAGCCCUGCUCAUAAUUCCGUAAACAAUUAUCAGCUAUUCAGAGCCUUUUACUAUACGCAUAUAAAAUAUCAUGGCCUAGGUUUAAACGUAUUUUUGCGUUAUUAGUGUACCUGUUGAAUUAUUUAUUAAAGUUUCGAAAAUUCUAUAAUUCUGUGUACCUACAUGUUGACUAUAUUGCAUAUAAUCGUCGUGAAAUAAUACUUUUUGAACAAUGUGAAUCAAUUGGAAAUAAACGAUGUUAUUCAAA